AUGUCUGCAAGUAUAUUAAAAAAACUAUGGAAUAAGCUAUCCACUGACUAUCUGUGUUUACUAAACCAACAAGAAUAUUGUGAUGUAACUAUUAAAGUUGGAUCAAAAUCAAAUUUUCGCGUUUUUAAAGCUCAUUCAUUAAUAUUGAGAAGUAGAUCUCAAUAUUUUAAAAAUGCUUUGUCUUCUUGUUGGAAUAAAAAAGAUGAUGAUGGUUUUUUUCAAGUUGACUUAUGUGAAAUGAAUAUAUCUGAAGGUGUAUUUGACAAAGUUCUUAAACCAUGCGAAAAAAUACGCCUAAUGACUACUGCUGACAUGUUGUUGAUGGAUGAUUUCAUUGACUACCUUGAACACAACAUAAUUCAAUCUGAAAAACAUUACAUCGCAAAAGAAGCAAAUAAGUUAUUACUUGUGUCAACUCGAAUACCCCGCUGCAAAAAAUUAUUAAAUGUUUGCCAACAAUUAAUACUGCGUAAUCCGAUAGCGUUUAUUCAUUCCGUGGAAUUUUUAUCUAUACCUCCUGAGUACAUUCGGGAAUUACUUGAGCUUGAUACUUUAGGUCUUGAUGAGGAAUCUAUUUUUGAUGCUAUUAUUAAAUGGGGUGUUCAUAAUACUUGUGAUUUAGAUAUGGUGGAUGUAAUUGAUCAUAUAAAGAAUUGGUCGAUCGAUCAAUUUGAUGUUUUACGAUCAAUAAUCAAGGAUUUUAUUCCGUUGAUUAGAUUUUUCAAAAUGGAUCCAUGUUUUUUUAAUGAAAAAUUCGGUCCUUACAAACCAUUACUUGAUUAUGAUUUAUGUAAUCAAGUAAUUCAAUAUCACAAAGAUCCAAAUGGUUUACCUUUACACAAAUUUUAUCCACUUAGAUUAAAUUCUACUUUAAUUUCGGAAUUUCACAUAUCCACGAUUUCUUCUUGGAUCGAAUUACCCGAGGAGCAACGUGAGCAAUAUUCUCCUCCACUUAUCAUAGAGAAGACUCAAGAUUAUAGCCUUAAUUCUUUACCUUUUGAAUUUGAUUUAAUAUUUCGAAGUCAAGGUAAAAGAAUUUCUGAUAGUUUAUGGUGUCAAAAGGUUCAUAAUCAAGGUCCUACUUUGACGAUUAUUAAAACCGCUAACCAAGGAUUAUUCGGUGGGUAUAAAUCGACUAGCUGGAAAGAGAAAAAAAUAACAAAAGGAAAACAUAAUAAAAUAAAAAAAAUUGAAUGUGUGGAUGGUGGUGAUGGUUUUGUUUUUCAAUGGUCCGAUGAUGAUUCCUUUGAUAAUGAUAAAAUUGUUUGUUCAAAAUUACAAUGGAUAGACAAACAUCUUGAUUUCGAUAUGUUUCUAGGUGGUUCUAAAAUGAGUUUAGAUUUUAGAUUUGGAAAAGGUUUGAGCGUUUUUAAUCGCGAAUUUCGUCAUGAUAAAUGUGAAAAAGGUUUGAUGUACACUAUUGAGGAG